AACAUUCACUGUUUGAGUGAUCACUGCAUUGAAGCACUUGAGAGACUGUCCUUGACUUCAAACUUGAGAUCUGUUAUCAUCUAUAUUAUCAUCUCUGAGCCAAUUGUUUACCACAAUAUUUGUCUGUCUUUGUGCUACAAACCAGCCAAUAGUACAUUCACACAAACUUUCCAUUGAUUGUCCUCUCAGUUGACACAAAUUCAGUUCAAUUCAAUUGUUCCUUCACUACAAGACAUACAAAACACAAAGUGAUGGCAAGUCUUAAGUUAGUGUCCAAAAUAAAUGGCAAGAAAUCGUUGGCAUCGAUGGCGCCAAUUGUCAACUCUAUAAGACAUCACCAAUGGUGGACUCAAGUAGAGAUGGGUCCGCCCGACGCUAUCCUCGGUGUGACCGAAGCCUACAAGAAGGACACAAACCCUAAGAAAAUCAAUUUAGGUGUCGGUGCCUAUCGGGACGACAACAGCAAACCAUUUCUACUGCCGUCUGUUCUCAAAGCCGAAGAGAUAUUGAGAACAAAGAAUUUGGACAAAGAAUAUCUUCCGAUCAGUGGUUUCGCUGACUUCACGACCGCAGCCGCCAAACUGGCCUUUGGGGACAACAGUCGAGUCCUGUCCGACGGAUUGAACGCGACGGUUCAGGGAAUCUCUGGAACGGGUUCUCUGAUGUUGGGCGCAAACUUCCUCAGAGACUUCCACUCGGGUCCCAAAGAGGUCUAUAUGCCGACCCCCACGUGGGGUAAUCACAUCCCUCUGUUCAAAAGGGCGGGCUUUACAGUGAAACAGUACCGAUACUAUGACCCAAAAACUUGUGGAUUUGAUUUUAACGGCGCUCUUCAAGAUAUGGCUAAAAUACCGGAGAAAUCAGUGAUUCUUCUGCACGCGUGCGCUCACAACCCGACGGGAGUCGACCCUAAAGCCGAACAAUGGAAAGAGAUAUCAAAGGUUGUGAAGCAGAGGAAUUUGUUCCCAUUCCUGGAUAUGGCUUAUCAGGGGUUCGCCACCGGAGACAUCGAUCGCGACGCCACUGCUGUCCGAAUGUUCGUCGAAGAUGGCCAUCAGAUAGCAGUCGCCCAAUCGUUCGCUAAGAAUAUGGGAUUAUAUGGCGAAAGAGUGGGUGCUUUCACUUUAGUGACCUCUUCUAAAGAGGAAACCGCACGAGUCAUGUCUCAGAUUAAGAUCAUUAUCAGACCGUUGUAUUCAAACCCUCCCGUGAAUGGCGCCAGAAUUGCAGCUCUCGUUAUGAAUGAUCCGACACUUAGGAGUCAAUGGCUUAAAGAUGUGAAAGGAAUGGCCGAUCGCAUCAUUUCUGUCCGAACAAGACUUAGAGAGGGUCUCAAACGGGAGGGCUCGACAAAGAACUGGCAGCACAUCACUGACCAGAUCGGGAUGUUCUGCUUCACUGGUAUGGACAAGGAUCAGGUCGAGCGCAUCACUAAAGAGUUCAGCGUUUAUCUCACAAAAGACGGCCGCAUUUCGAUGGCCGGCGUCACGUCCGGAAACGUCGACUAUUUAGCACAUGCUAUGUAUAGCGUCACUAAAUAAUCAUUGAAUUUGCAAUAUUUUAGACUAACUAUUAAUGAGUUAAUAAGUAUUUAAUGGUUGCAGUAAAGGACCGGUA